AUAAUAAUUUAAAAAACCAUCAAAAUCAAUCCUCCCCUGUUUCCAAUUCUCCCAUCUUUCUGUUUUCUUGGCAGAGGAAACAAAAAUUAAAAGAAAACAUACAAAACAGAAACUCCCUCCCAUGCCUUCUUCUUCUUCCAUAGUCUUCCAAUGGCUCAGCCUCAUCGGAAUCAUAUGGCUUCAAUCCAUCAAUGGCACCAACUUCAACUUCCCCUCUUACUCUUCUCAACUCAAACAACAACUUUCCAUGUCACAAUUACAACUUAACAACCUUGCAUUCGCCUCCGAUGCCGGCAAGCUCUUUGCUUGCUUCUCCGGUCUUGCUGCUAACUAUUUACCUCUUUGGUUAGUCCUCUUCAUCGGCUCAUCUCUUGGCCUCAUUGGCUAUGGCGUUCAAUAUCUCUUCAUAACCAACCAAUUCCACUCUCCUUCUUAUUGGCUCAUCUUCUUCCUCACUGUCUUAGCCGGAAACAGCAUCUGUUGGAUCAACACUGUCUGUUAUAUGGUUGCCAUUACAAACUUUAAGUCGUCUAGUCGCCAAGUGGCUGUUGGUAUAUCGACUAGUUACCAAGGAUUAAGCGCCAAGGUGUAUACGGAUAUCGUGGGUUCAAUAUUCUCUAAUAAACACUCUUCGAAAACAGCUGAAACAUUUCUUCUACUGAACUCUGUUUUACCCUUGGGGGUUUGUGUAUUAGUGUCUCCAUUGGCUAGAUUUGUGAAAAUAGUGGAAGAACAAGGAAAAUUGGAAGUUGGGUUUUUUGUAAUCUUUGUGAUAACCAUAGCCACUGGGAUUUUUGCAACAAUGACAAGUGUGGGAUCGGUUUCCAGAAUGUUGUCGGCAUUGGGUGGUCUAGUUGGGAUUAUGGUGUUUUUGGUUCUUCCAUUAGUGGUUGUAGUUGUGGAGAAAGUGAAGGAGAGAGUAGAAGAAGGGAAAGAAGGAAAGGUUUAUCAUUUUACAGUGGAAGAGAAAAACGAUGAAGAGAGAAUGAGAGGGGAAAAUGAAAGGAAAGUGGAAAGAACAGAUGAUGGCGAAGCAAUGGAGGAGAUUGGAGCUAAAGAGAUGGUGAAAAGAAUAAACUUUUGGUUAUACGUUGGUGUUUAUUUAUUUGGUGCAACAUUGGGAUUGGCAUUCUUAAACAACUUGGGACAAAUAGCAGAGUCUCGUGGAAGUUCGAGUGUGUCAUCAUUGGUUUCUUUGUCGUCUUCCUUCGGCUUCUUUGGCCGCCUCUUGCCCUCAAUUCUCGACUAUUUUCUGUCAAGGAGGAAUAAGUUUAUGAAAUCAAAGCCAGGAUGGAUGGUGGGACUCAUGGGAACAUUAUGUGGAGGUUUCUUCCUUCUAUUAAGUCCAAGUGAUACGAGCCUUUGUAUGAGCACUGCCAUAAUUGCAAUAUGCACAGGUGCAAUUACUUCAAUUUCUGUGUCCACAACCACUGACUUAUUUGGAGCAACUAAUUUCUCAAUAAACCACAACAUUGUUGUAGCCAAUAUACCUUUUGGAUCAUUUAUAUUUGGUUAUAUGGCUGCUUUUCUUUACCGCAAACAAGCUGGCCAUGGCGUUGAUCCUGGGAAAUGCAUUGGAGUUGAGUGCUAUAGAACUACUUUUUUGAUAUGGGGUUCCUUCUCUUCUUUCGGAACUUUCUUGGCUUUGCUUUUGUUUGCUCGAACUAAAAGCUUCUACUCUACAACAAAAAAAUCCUCGUAUAUCCCAUCAAAUUAAUUGUUCGUGUUUUGUUAGGUUAGUUUAGAAGCAACUCUAACAUAUUUCAAUAUAUAAUACCAACUUUACGUUUAAAA